AUGCCGGAGCCCGAGACCGUGCCGGAGCCCGCGCCGCCGCCGCCGCCGCCGCCGCCGCCCCGUGAAUGCCGCCGCCGCCGCCGCUCCGGCUCCAGCGCCAGCUCCCGCGCCUGCCGCGCUCAGCGCCGGCUGCACCUCAGAUGGGCGGGGGACAGGGAGGGGGGCGGGCCCGGCGCGGGAGAGGGCGGGGCGUGCCCGCCCGCGGCCGCGGAAUCCUCUGGCGGGCCGGGUGCCCCGCCCGCAGGCUGGAGGCGGAGGCGCGGGGCUCCCGGCCGGGGGCGACCCCGCCGCAGCCCCUGCACGCAACAGCGCCGCCUACGGAGCAGGGAAGACGCGGCGGGCGCGACCCCGCCCCCUGCUUUGCUCUAG